AUUCUAAACGUCUAUGCAAUUAGAAAUACAACUUUUUCUCCUGUUAUUUUUCAAAGAAGAUAAAGUUUGCAGUCAACCUCGCCACUUAUUAUCGAAAAAGAAAGUACGUGUAGUUUCCGCUGCUCUAGUCAUCAUUCCUCUAGCCAGCUGGAGGUUUCCCUUGGAAUUUCCCACGUUUACCGUCAGUGCAAAAAUGGACCUAAAGAGUAUAAAACACAGUGUUUGUCUUCUGUCGCUAUGUGGACCUUCUUCCCAAAAUCUCGACGAUAAGAAGCUGUUGGGCCAGAUCUUUGCCAUCUUGUGACAGCUAAAAUAUGGCAACAAAAGUUUUUGUCUUCGCCCUUGUCAGCUUAGCUGUUCCUGUAAUCUACGGUCAAUUCGACUGUAUCUACUCAAAUACGACGGCGAGAAUAGAAGCUUGUGCCGGUGAGCACUCCUAUGCUGUGUUCCUAUUCAAGGAAUUCUACGAACUGUACAGUACCCUCACCUACAGAUUCUUGGACAUGGCAAGAGAGCUACCCGACCAGCUAUGCCGGAAUAGCACUUUAAUGGAAGGAGCGAUGAAAGCUUUGCCCUGCGUCUACGAAGAGUUAAGAGAAUGCAGACCCUUUUACCUAGACCAGUACCCUCGCGAGGACAGUGUUCUCAAGUUUAUCAACGGCAGUUGCCAAAUGCCCAACAUUGAUCGUUAUUGCUUUCUGGCUUCUGUGCGGUCCGACAGGGUUGAUGAGAAUUGCAAGCAUUUCUUCUACGGGUCGUUUUGCGAGCAAUGGAGCAAUCUGACAUCAUGUGUCGGUGCUGACAUCCAGAAACAUUGUAGUGACAACUUGUUCAACUUGUACAACAUGCAGAUCGCAGAGCUCAGCGUCGUGGACUGCUUGCCUGCCUCCACUAUCGAUGUCCCUGUGGUCGGUUGAUUCCAGUACGUUAUAACUAUUAUAUACCAUACUGUAUAUAACAUAAUAUUAUAUAUAUAUAU